AUGUUCCUCUGGAGCCAACCAUCAUUGGGGGGUAAGACCAUGCUGCACAACGACAAUGGGGAGAGCAAUAGUUAUAGACUGAUGUUCCUCGCCAGCCCCGAGCCCCCAAAAUGGGCGCCCAAAGUGGACUCUCCGGUGAUAGUCACAGACGUGACGGGAGACGAAGAAAAGUACAGGCUCUUGGAACAUGGCUUUCAGUUCGCAAAGCACAAAACCCGCUAUGAAGCCGUUUUGCCAGAGUUGAAGAACCGGGAUGGAUGUAGGGAGGCCCUCGACGAAACCACCAAGGCGCACUAUGACGAGAUGCAUGAGUUACUGGAGGAGAUUUUAUCUCAACAAGAAGGCUUACCCAAGCCCUCCCUGAUUCGCGUGCUGAUGCACACCAAUCGCGUCUCCCAGGUGGGACAGAAAGGGACCCUGGGGCCGAUCUACAACGUCCACGUGGACCAAUCUGCAUCGGCCGCCGUGCCCCUUGCCCAUCGAUGGCUCGGCGACGAAGCCGAGGAGCUGCUUGCCAAGCCUCGAUUCCAGAUCAUCAAUAUGUGGCGACCUUGCAAGCCCAUCACCCGGGACCCCUUCGCGGUGACGGACGCCAACACUGUCGCCGAGUCGGACUACAUCAAGGUUCCCUUCAUCUACCCCGACCGCACGUCGGAGUUGCUGGAGGUGUGCCCGGCGGAACACCCGGAGAAGCCCCACCGCUGGUACUUCAAGGACAACCAGCAGCCUGACGACGUGUUGUUCUUCAUCCAGGCCGACACGACGAAGCGGCCAGGAGUUGUGAGGCGGUGCCCUCACGCCGCGUUCAAGGAUCCGCGAGUGGAUGAGUCCAAGCAAGACCCGAGGGUUAGCAUCGAGAUCAGAGCGAUGGUGUUCUACGAUCAUGACGAUUACGAAGAGGAGGAGGAGGAGGAGUAG